AUGGCAUUUGGAGUCCAGGACAUUGCAUUGCUAGAACAUGGAUGCAAGGCCUUGGAGGUGGACAGCUACAAGUCCUUGAUGAUCCUGGGGAUCCCAGAGGCCUGUAGCCACCAGGAAUUUGAAGACAUCAUACGCACCCCCCUCAAACCACUGGGCAAGUUCGAAGUUGCUGGGAAGGCCUAUCUAGAGGAAGACAGAUCCAAGGCAGCUAUCAUUAGGUUGGCAGAGGACCUUAAUUACGACGUGGUUCCCAGGGAGAUCAAGGGCAAGGGCGGUAUGUGGAGAGUGGUCUACAUGCCCAAAUGGCAGGACAUCGAAUUCCUCACCAAGCUCAAUUUGUUCCUGCGCAGAGAGGGCAGGACGGUAGAGGACUUGGCCGGCACCCUCAGGCGAGAGCUCUGUCCCACCACAGUAGGUCCUGGAGAGCUACUUUCCAGGAAGUGCUGCCUGUCUCCUCAGGAGGAGAAUGCAGACAAGGGGUUCACCGCCAUGGGGGGUGGGACACCCCCUCUAGAGGACCCAAAGAAGGAGAGCAAGGCUGACGAGGGCAAGAAGGGCAAAAAGAAAAACAAGAGAAGUCGGCGCCGACAGCGGGCUUCUGAUAAGCUGUAA